UCAGUCCAGGGCAUCCGGGACGCCCAGGACGCCAUCAGGACGCCAUGGCCACAGUGGAAGGCACGGCGCGUUUCGUGGAGCGUGUCUUGGCGUCGGGACGUUUGCAUCCGUCGAAUGCUCGACGUCUGGGGCCCUUCGCGUGCACGGCCCUGGGCUUCGGCGCCUAUCGCUUGGUGCCCGAGGGCAGCGCCACCGGCGCCGCCACGGCGGCCACGGCGUCGGGUGCUUUGACCCGUGCGUUGGACUCGGUGAACGUCAUCGACACCAGCAGCCACUACGCCUUUGGGCACAGUGAGAGAGUCAUCGGGGCCACCCUGCAUGGACGGCCACGGGAUGAGCUGAUCGUUUGCACCAAGGUGGGCCAUGUGCCUCGCGGCGAGAUGCCCAAAGGAGCUGUUCCCAUCGGUGCGCACCGCGGUGCAGGGACCACCUCUGAUGAUUGGCACUGCAUCAGCCCCACCUUUGUGGAUUCAGAGGUCAAGGCCUGCACGGAACGUUUGGGGACCAAGCCGGACUUCGUUUUUCUACACAAUCCUGAGUAUUUGCUGUCAGCACGGAUGCAAGAAAAGGUACCAAUUGCUGAUGCCUGGGACGAGAUGUAUCAGUCCCUUUUUGAAGCCUUCAAGAUCCUGGAGCGCCUGUGCAAUGAUGGCAUCAUCACAUCUGGAUAUGGUGUUAGCAGCAACUUCCUUUCGUGCAUGUUCUCAGUGACGGGACUUCCCAAUUUGUACGAAUCUCUGGUGCUGGACCGGGUCGUGGAUGCUGCAGCGUCGGCAGCUCGUGCUGAAGGCCUCCAGAAGCACCGCUUCCAAGUGGCCCAGCUCCCGCUCAACGCCUUCGAGAACGGUGCCGUGCUGGGCCGAACCCCAGGAACUCAGGCCGAGGGUGAUUGCUCCAUGGCUCAGCGACUGGGCGUGUCCAUUUUGACCAAUCGGCCGAUCAAUGCGCUUCCAAUGCCAGGAGUUAGCACUGGAGAUUGGGGACGUGGAGGAAACUCCUAUUUGCAGCUUCGCGAGGCCAAGCCCAUGGGCACCACGCAGUCACUGUUGAAGCGCGUCGUGCUGGACGCCCUCGCCGACGCCAAAGCCAAAGCCGAAGCCGAGGCAACGCUGCAGCAAGUCGCCCUGCGCCUGGCGUCGUCGUCCAACGUGUCGUGUACCUUGAACGGCGCGCAUCAAACGAAGUACGUGGAGGACCUGGAGGAUGUGCUGAAAGUGGCGUCCUUGUCGGAGUCACAAGUGCAGAGAGCGAUGCAGUCGGUGCGUUCCAUGGCCACGGAGCUUGGUUGUCAAACCAAGGGCCUGUGGUGACGGGAUCGUCAAAUUCGUCACGGCCGCGGAGAGUGAAAUCCUGUUGGGAUGGCUAGUCGCGGCUAGCCGAUAGCAGUAGGUCAGAGAUAGCAAAGAGACGCAAAGAGCAAUGGAUAUUUCUUUGGUCCAGAAAGUUUUCAGCGUGAAUCUCCGCCCGGCCAAAGCGCCAAUUUUCGACCUUCAGCCUGGCUCUGUUGCUUUCCAUUGCCUUGUGUCUCAUCGUGUCUUAUGCUACUUUCUUAUGGUGCUGAUGGUGCUGCUUGGGCGCUAGGCCACAGAGCAGAUGCCCCAAAGAAAA